AUGCCCAUGCCUCCCUGGCUUCAAGGCGAAGCCCCAGGCUUUUCAACUUCACCAUGGACAACCUCAUUGCAGGCUCUCGAGCCACGACGAGUAAAACAUUUCACCAUGGCUCAGCUUACUCCAGAUCAAACAUAUGCGAUACAUGUUGCGACACUUGUUGUUGCAUCCGCCAGUAUCCUCGCAACAAUAGUUACUUCUUUCUGGUUCUUUCGUAUGAGAAGAAGUUUUCGACAUGACCUUAUUAUGCUGCUCAUUUACAGCGACAUGUUUAAAUCCUUCUGGUUACUUCUGUUUCCAGCCGUCGAACUCGUUGCCGGCAAAAUCGAAACACGCGAAACAUUUUGCCAGGUCAGCGGUUUUUUUCUUGCCCUAAGUAUAGAGGCAUCCGAUGUUUCUGUCGCUCUUAUCUCUGUUCAUACUGCAUUAUUCAUCUUUCGUGGGGAGCAGGGCCUGUACCCAUACCGAAAGGCUGCCUACGCUGUCGCCGCCAUCCUCCCUGUCGUGAUGGCUUCACUGGCCUUUAUUGAAGGUCCUGGCUACGUCAACACAGGUCAAUUCUGUUAUCUCCCAUUCAACCCCAUGUGGAAACGACUUGCCCUUUCUUGGAUUCCUCGUUACCUCGCCUUUGCAAUCAUCCUUUGUCUAUGUAUAGGUGUAUACGUUUACGUUCGGGUACUGAUGAGUCAGUUUGGUGCGGGAAACGACAGUUCAAGAAACACACUCUCUAAAAUGUCCGGCUUUGAUAGCCUGGAACCAAUGCAACACCCAGUAGCAGCUGCUCCUCCGACGCCAACAAUUAAAUAUCACGGGCUGAUCCCAUCAUCCAACACUUCACAACGGAAUUCACUCACCAUUGCCGAAGACCCUGCCAGGCCCUCUCUAUCUACACUCAACUCGUUUCAUCUGGACAUGCCUGCAAGCACACAUUCCAAGCUUCACUCGGCGCGACUGGCUCGUCGGGGAUCAGCGCAGAUGUGGAUGGCUAACCACGGCACUGAUUUGGCCUCUCAAUCAGAGCAAGCAGAAGUCGAUUCUCAAAAUUCUACGGGAACUACACGAUGGGAUUCUGAUGAUGUGAUUACACCUACAGCCAUUUACACGAAACCUGAGCAUCAAAAUCAACCACCAGUAACAAGACCGUCAUUAGUGACGCGAAAGUCUUCAUAUCUUUCUACUGUUGGAUCUCCGCCAUCUAUCCCCAACCUAUUUACCAUACUUAACCACAAAACGAUGCGUCCGCAGAGCGCAGAGAACGACCUUGUUCUAACCCAGAGUGACAUCAACGCACCCGGCACUGUCAAGACACGCGAGAAGAUUUUGCGACAACUCCGGUUACUUUUUAUAUAUCCUAUAGUUUAUGUUGUCAUCUGGAUCCUACCAUUUAUUGUCCAACUUACAGGAUAUGGUAAAGGGGCACCUUAUGGCAUGAGACUAGCCAGCAUCGUCUUUCUUUGUUUCCAUGGCUUGGCCGAUUCUUUGGUCUUUUGCCUAAAGGAAAAGCCUUGGAAACAUAGUCAAGGGUACAGCCAAAUUUUCAAGCGUUGCAAUCUACAGUUUUGGAAGAAAAGUCAGGAAGCGCCCGCUGUGGGAGCGAGAGUAGGACGCACGAGGGAGGAAAUGACACUCGACUCGCAAUUCGCCAAGCAAAGGCGAGAACAAGAACAAGCCGAGUGGGAGAUGGAACGUCAAGCUGGCCAAGAUCGUAGGGCAACUAGGUCAGCUCCCGACUGGUGGGAUAGAGAUGAUUGA